GCCGUUGCCGUGGCGACGCGAAGCCGCGAACCAAGCCGGAGGGCCCCUGGGAUUGCCUCUCCUCCUCAUCAUUAUCAUCAUCCUCCCCUCAUCAUCCUCAUCAUCAUCCUCCUCACUCACUCUCCGUCUCGUCUCCACUCUCGCACCCUCUCCUUUUCCUUUCGCCCUCCUCUCCUCCGCUCGUAUUCACCUCCACGACGGCGCUCAUCCUCCACUGCGUUCACUCUGUUCUCAUCGACAGCCGUCUCUGCUUCAUGCCCUCCCCGUCUCACAUUUCAACUUUUAUUCUCUCUGCAAUAUUUCUUAUUUACUCUCUUCUCUAUCAUUUCCGCUGCUCUCUCCACGUCUGUUCCAUCUCACCUCCUUUCUCCUCCUCCGUGCCCUUCUCAGCGCUCUCUCAACAUCUCCCUCUUGAUCACUAGAUUUGAAGCUUUCGUGACUGCAAGAAUUCAAACUCUUCGGUUUUUUCGGUAAAGUCACGUAGAUAAAUAAAUAAAAAAUGCUAUAAAUAAUAAUACAAAAAUAGAAAAAUAAUAGAAAUUGCUGCGACGGUUCCACCUGAAGACGGAAGCUUGUUGUUGCCUCCGAAACGUGAUUUAUUAUUUUAUUUCUAUUAUUUUUUCUAUUUAUUAUUUUUAUUAUUUACUUUUUACCUCCGUGACUUUACCGAAAAAGCCUAAGAGUAUCUCCCCUCUUGCUCGCACUGGCCCUCACAAACACGCCACAUGAAGGAGGCGGCCGUGGCUGGGUUCCUGGUCACCCCGACCUCGCCAUUGAUUCUCAGCAGAGGCCAAGCGGCUGGGGGUCAACCAGCACGCAGCGACGAAGCUGCCCGUGGGAGCGGCGUGACCCAGAGUCAGGGUCACUUGGGAGACGCGACCCGGGGCCGGAGCAACCUGAGCAAUUGGAUUCACGAUGAGACACAUCUUGAGUCGAAUCUUAACCGCGGCGGCGAGCUGAGAGAGGUCACCAAAGGUCAGAUAGCACGUGGAGAUGUGACCACUCAACAGGGUUGCCUUGGAGAGGUCACCCAGGUGACCACAGAUCAGCCUGACUCCAGGGACGUGACCCUGGGCCACGGUAAUGUGCGGGUGGUGACCGGGGAUCAGGUUCCACGGGGUCAGAAGGGAGGCCCCGAUGAGUUGCUUCGCCUGGCCGUGGUGUGUCUGAGCCAGGCGAGGCUGGGCAGCAUGGGAGACCUCGCGCUCUGCCACUCGCUGCGAUUCCUGCACCUGGGCAACAACUACAUCAGGAGGGUGGAGGCGCUGGGGUCGUGCCCAAGCCUCCUGGAGCUUGACCUCCACUCCAACCAGAUCAGCGCGCUGCCCUGGCCCGACUUUUGGCUCGGGCUGCCAGAGCUCCGUGUGCUGUACCUUCACGACAACCCACUGGGCACUGCCGCCAUACCUUGCCUGGCAGCCUGCCCAAGCCUCGUGGCUCUUACUCUGGCCGACACGCCACUGUCGCUGCGGCCAGGCUACCGGCACCGCGUCGUCAAUUCGAUCGCCACGCUGCAGGCGCUGGACGGCGUGGUGGUGGCCGACGAGGAAAUUAUCGAGGGGCUGGCGGGUCGCGCGUUGACGAGCGAGCGAUUCCGAGCCCUGAGCCCAGCCAUGGUCGUGGGCGUACGCACCUGCCUUCCGAGACAGAUAUCGUACAUCGCAAAGAUGCAGCACUUCCAGAGGCUCCUGAAGGACAUCAACGCAGUGCUGGCACGUCACUCGGCUGUGCACAUCAUCCAACGUUGGCUUCGCGGGCACCUGGUCCGUGCCAGGCUCGGGAAGACAGGCAGGAGGCUACCAGCAUCGUGCGGCAGAACAUCUCGGCCGGAGCGGGAGGAGCGGGCAAUCCUGGCUGAGGGCCUCGCGCGGGUCUGGGAUGGAGGACACUCUGGCCAGAUGACAAGCAGGAGCCAGUGCAAAAUGAAGGAAAAAGCAGAAGUCAAGCAUCUUACAAUAGAUUUGAAUCAACUUCACACAAGUACAGUCCAGGAUGCCUUGGAUCGUUUGAGCCCAACAAGUGCCUACCCACAGAGGUCCUACCCAUCCACUUGGAUUCAUUCCGCUCCUUUCAGGCACCAGCGUGGUCACAUUAGUGAAGUAAUGAGACGGAAGGAGACAAAGCCACUUCGACAACAAACAGUCUUGGAGACACGGGAUAAAGGUGAUGACUUGAACACGGAUGUCAAUCUGGAAGACCAACAAGUCCAGUUCCGCAUGUCGGGCCUGUGUGCCAGGAUCCACCAGUCUGAUCCUCUACGGGAUUUGCUGCUUACCCGGCAUGAGCAGGCAUGUGAUAUCAGGAAAUCCGUGAGCCAGAUCCAUUCUCUCAUUCAGGAUGAGUCCAGGACAGAAUUUAUACACCGACCACAGCACCCCACGACGAGUCUGGACGAACGCCUGCACCGUCGCUCCAUGGGGUCCCACGUGCUGGCGCCGUUUGAGACCCUCGAACGGGCUCAACGAGAGCGGGAGAGGGUGGCGCACCUGACCGCCAAGGCUGAGACCGUGAACAGGGCGCACUCGGCCAAACGAGUGAUGCAGGCGCGCAUGCGGGGCUUUCUGGAGGAGAAACGUGAGGUCGCGGUGCGCCUGAGGGAGGCAGAUUGCGCUCGCAUGACGGACGACCUGCAGCGACAGAAGAGGCAGGCGCCCCUUGACGGAGACAAUGCGCGUGAACGGAGACUGGACCACGACCGUCGUUCGCGUCAAGCGGAGCUUGUUAUGGCACAGGCAUUUGGGACGCAGCAAGCGGCCGUGGGUAAGGCGUUAUGGAGGCACGACUGGCAGAUGCGCCGGCAGGAGGAGCGCAGCGCACGCGCCGAAGUGGCCGGGGAUCAGCGGGAGCACAGCCUGCAACAGCGCGAGAUCGUGCGCACGUUCCUGCAGCGCAGACAAGAGAAGUUUCAAGAGCAGGCCGCGACCGAACGAACACAGCUGGAUGUCCGCCUCUCCCGGGACGCGGUAGAGAGAACACGGCAGGCAAACCGUCGUGUCGACCGCCUUAAGGCACACAGGCUCGAGCCAAGAACCACGCAGAUUCACCAGGUUCACGUGCCAAAGGAGUCCAUCACGUUGAGUCUUGAGGGAGUGUUCUGAGAAUGAAGGUAUCUGUAUGGCUGAGUGGCUCCAGAGGUCAGAGCAAUACGCUUGCACUGUUGAGAUCCUGGGAGCUGCUUGUGAUUAAACAGUUAUCUUGUGUAGCGAGUUGAUGGGCUCAUCCUUGUUGCCAAUAACUGCAUAUAAAAGCCAUCACAUACAAUGUUGUUUCUUACAUGGCUACCAUUCCAGCACUGAUAAUUAAAUAUUGCUUUGACUGUAAUGUGAUGAACAUUACUUUCAUAUGCAUAGCAGGUGGGACAAUGCUUCCCUCAACUGUGUGGACCAGAGGUCACUUCAUAGGAUAAAGGUAGCUCUGAUAUCUGCUUGCAUGGGCCAUUCUCUUACUUGAAGGGUGACACUGCUGACAUAUUUAAAUGGAUACUUCGUUUUAUGACACAAUUAUGGUAAGACAGGGGUAAACAAAAAAAAAUAUAUAAAAAAACAAGCCUCCUACAUAUGAUUGAUUUAAAAGCAUAGCACUUUGUGAAAAAAAUUUAAAUAUAGUAUCAUAGCACUUUUAAUUUGCACUAGGAUUAUAAGACAUUGGUUCGACAAGUCAACUUGCAUUUUUAUUAGAAAUAAGCUUGAUAAUGGCAUGAAUGUAACAAAAGCCAUUCCUAUUGCGGAGAUACAAUGUUAAUGAGUGUCAAAGAAUCAAGAUUGUAUUACAGAUUCCCCAUGUAAAUAAUACAUUUAAUUAAAACUGACUGAUGUACACCGAUGUCUUGCGGAACAUCCCAAUUAUGGAAUUGUUGACGCCAUGCCUGGAUGUGCUUCAUUGGUAGUACAGCUCCAGAUUUUGUCCGUCGUGGAUCUCAUCUGUGUUUAAACAUUAAGGACAAUCACAAUGGAAUAUAUGUUUACUUUAAAACAUGAUGUGAACAGGUAAUGUGCUUCAUGCAUUAAAAAUUAAACACUUUAAGGCGUUGUUAAUUUGUUUUGUAAAGGAUACAGUCCUCCAGCGUAACGUGGUCUUUAAAUAUGGUGUACCUGAAAAAGAGAAAUGAGAUUACAUGAUUGCUAAAACUGUGAGUGUAAGGUACAUUGUAUGUUAAGCCUGAUAUGGCCCAUAAUUAAGUACCCAUCCCUACAUCACUGUUAUACAUGUAAUGAUUCAUAUAUUCAAAUAAAUUCUAACCAAAUACAUGCAUUGAACAACGCUUGUGAGACUUCA